AUGGCACCGCCUGCGAAGCGUCGCCGGCGGAAUACCGUUGAGGCGUCUGAAGAUGAAGACGAGCAGCCCAAGGCCAACACCCUGACGAAUUUCCUUGUCUCCUCGCCAAACUCGCCUGCAAAGGCCAGAGUGCCGACGACCUCUCCGAGUCCCGCGAAAAGAAAGACCGCCAAUGGCCAACAGCCACCGAGCAACGGCAGCCCCCUCCGACCGUCGCGAUCACUCAAGAAUGGCACCAGCUCCAGCUCCAGCCCCAGGAAGACGAGGGCUGCGAGCAAGGCUGAUGAUAAGGGAAAGACGGCGGAUUUGAAGACGCUCUUCUCCAAGCAGGCGCAGAAGGCGACAAGGUCGGGCCCGGGAGCCGAUAGAAGGACGGAGCCGAUAGACGAUUUGAUAUCCGAUCCCAUAUCCGACGAUGACGAGAUAUCGGAGCGCAAGGCUAGCUCAUCUAGCUUGGUUGGGCAGCAUGUGAGGAAACGGUUGAAAGGCACCAGCGGCGCCGAGCUGCCCGUCUCCAGUGGUCCCUUGACCAUGAGCCAAAGGUUCCUUAAGCCCAGUCGACCAGCAGCCAUUGAUGCGUCGAACGAUGAUUUGCGGCCGUGGUCGGAGCGAUUUGGCCCGCGAAACCUCGACGAGUUGGCUGUGCACAAGAAGAAGGUGACAGAUGUUAGGAAAUGGCUUGAAGACGUCAUGGGAGGCCGAAUGAGACAGCGGCUACUGAUAUUGAAAGGCGCUGCCGGCACUGGGAAGACGACGACGGUCCGUCUCUUGGCAAACGACAUGGGAUGCGAGAUCCUAGAGUGGAAGAAUCCAGCAGGGAACGCAGUCAAUGGCUUUGUCUCGGCGUCCUCGCAAUUUGAGGAUUUUCUUGGACGAGGAGGAAAGUUUGGUGCUCUGGACCUGGAGGACGCUGAACCGUUGUCCACGCCAGCGAGCUCAAGCAAGCCGUCCCAAUCACAGCAACCAGGUAGCAAUGGCAAGAAGAUUAUCCUCAUUGAAGAGUUCCCCAACACCUUCUCUCGCAGCUCGACGGCACUAUCUUCCUUUCGGCGAACUAUUACACAGUACCUGGCGACGCAAACACCAUCUCUACACAUGUUUGGACAUCAGACACCAGCGGAUCCAAUCACGCCGGUUGUGCUCGUGAUAUCGGAGACGCUGCUGACGACGACGUCCGCUUCCGCAGAUAGCCUGACCGCCCAUCGACUUCUCGGGCCGGAAAUUCUACGCCAUCCCGGAGUCGGGCUCAUCGAGUUCAAUCCGAUAGCGCCGUCGCUGCUGGCAAAGGCUCUGGAGGUUGUCGUGCAGAAGGAGUCGCGAAAGUCAGGGCGCAGACGAACACCAGGACCGCUGGUUCUUAAGAGGCUCGGCGAGAUUGGAGACAUUCGCAGCGCCAUCUCGUCGCUUGAGUUUCUCUGCCUAAAGGGAGACCAGGACGCAGACUGGGGAUCCAAGGUGACGUUUACGAAGCAGAAGAAGGGGGCAAAAGAUGGCAUUGCCCUCACACGUGGCGAAGAAGAGAGCCUCGAACAGAUUUCUCAGCGCGAAGCCAGCCUGGGCAUCUUCCAUGCCGUGGGCAAAGUGGUCUACAACAAGCGGGACGAGGUGCCGUCCAACGACCCUGCGGAGAAGCUGCCGAGCUACCUCUCACACUGUUCCCGGCCGAAGCCAUCGCAAGUGUCCGUCGACACGCUGGUCGACGAGACGGGCACCGACACGCACACGUUCAUCUCGGCUUUGCACGAAAACUACGUGCUAUCCUGCGAAGGUACGGAUCCCAUGGACCUGUCGACCCCGAUAGACUAUGUCAACGAAUGCAUCGAGUACCUCUCGCUGGCUGAUCUGCUCAGCCCUUCCCGGGAUGUCUUUUUUGGUGGACGCGGGGGAUACGGGGGAGGCUUUGGAGGCGAUUCGGCAAGUCACGUCCUUCGCCAGGACGAGAUUACGUUUCAAGUUGCGGUGCGCGGCAUGCUGUUCUCGCUGCCUAAUCCCGUGAAGAGAAAGGCCUGGACCAUGCAAAAGGGCGGGGAUGCGUUCAAGAUGUUUUACCCCACGAGCCUCAAGCUUUGGCGAACAAAGGAGGAGAUUGAGGGCUUGAUUGACGUUUGGUCUGGCAAAGUCCUGAGGGGCGAGGCUGAGCUUCCGACGAGAAACAUUAUGGACGGGGCCAGCAUCUUUCGCCGCAACCAACCCUCGGCCGUCUCGAAUCAAGACCAGAAGUCAGCCACCAAGGAAGGCGAGCGCAAAGACGACGGCCGUCAUCAAAAGGCAGAGAUGCGCGACAGGCCUCCCGUUCCCACGCUCGGCAGCACGGCUCGCCAGGAACUGCUCCUCGAUCGGCUGCCGUAUAUGGCGCAGAUUGCUCGGGGCCGCAAGACGGGGGCACGCCAAAAGGAUCUCGAAAAGAUUGUUUCCUUUUCCGGCGUGAAUGCGGCACUCGACGAGGAGGAGACUGAUGUCGACGAAGAUGCCGCGACGGGAGAGACGUGGGCGACGGAUAAGCCCUCGGAGGAGACGAGUCCCCGGAAGAAGAAGAGGGUGGGCAUCAAGACUGGUGGUGGUGGUGGUGGUGCUGUUGCGGGGAUGUUGAAGCAGAAGCUUGUUCUGAGCGACGAUGAUAUUGAGGAUUAA